AUGUCUGCACCAGGAAAUCCGUGGACAAACAACGAGACUCCAGAUGAUGCCCCAUUCAGCGAACGAGGCUUUGGACUUCCCCCAAGCCCAAAGCCUCCUGCCCCUGGCAGCACGGUAUCUAUGAAAGACGGCCCUGAUGGAGGCCAAAUUGGUUCUUCCUCCGCUGACAAGGAUGGUGACCAACCGCCACUGAAGCCAACUGCUGAUGCUACUGAAGGCAACAAGGAUGGUGAUGACGAAGGCCAAAUUAAGCCUUUUUUUCUUGAAAUGGGCGGUGAUACUCCUACCACUGGUAGCCAGAGGAAUAAAGGGAAAGGAAAGGAUAAUGCUGGAAAGGGCGAUGAUGAGUCGCAAGAGCAGCCACCUACUGUUGUUACUGACGAGCGGAUGCCCAAGAUAGCUGCCAUCCCGUCGAAGGACUCGGCAUCUGUUAUGCCGGCGCGGCCUCCACCCUUUGAUGGUGGUAGAUUGGCGUCAUCUAUACCAGGGAGUGUUGCCUCGAGGGUGAAGGCGCUGGAUGAUACUAUGCCACUCCGUCCAGCCCGUCCAAGUAUGGACUUUACCAAAGACUCAGCACCAGGCCCAUCUGCAGCCCGAUUAUCAAUUGGAUCUGAGAAGAUGCCCUCAUCCAUACCUAAGGACAGCCCACCGUCAAGCACAAACUCGACGGUGCCACCCGCCCCUUCAUCGGUGACAUCUGUGGGCAUCUCUGACAAGGCCCCGGGCCCAGAACCAACAUUAUCCAGGAACCCGUCUCCUUUGCCAUCCCCAAGGGGAUCUGUACAAUCAGACAAUGAUGGCGGCGCUCCCGGUCAGUCACACAAAUCCGGACAAGGGGGCGGGUCCAGCUAUAUAGAAGAUCCUGCACUAUAUUAUGGGGAUGCGAGCUCCGAACAAGCGGUACCAGGGGAGCCAACUAGUUGGAGGACGUAUAUGCCACCCGACUCAGAUAUUGAGCUACCUAGUACGGCACCCAACUCCGGGCAAUACGGAUCCGACUAUAAAGAAGAUCCUGCACCAUAUUGUAGGGAUCCGAGCCCCGAACAAGGGGUACCAAGGGAGCCAUCUAAUAUGUCCCCUGGGAGGAUGUGGACGCCACCCAGCUCGCAUACCAAGAUGCCUUGUAUACCACCCAAAUUCGGAAACUACGGAUGUAUGGACAAGGAAGAUGUUGCGCUAUAUUAUAAAGAUCCAAGUCCCGAAAAAUGGGAGGCAUACAGGGGCAAGGGAGGUGAUGGAGUGGAGGACAAGCUCCCCAGUGCACCCCAUGAGACAGACAGUCUGCAGCCGGAACCGACUUUUCACGACUUAUACGAUGAAUCCCCUCAGGAAUCACAGUCCCAUUCACCGCACACGACAGAUAGACCCGGGCCAGGAUCUCAGGAAUCAGGUCCCAAUAUACAGCCAAGCUCGGAUACACCUCCUCAAAACGGGGAGAGGAAAUUUACCAGCCUCAAUAACCAAUGUGAAGAGUGUGCCAGCGUGCGAAAGACCAUCUCGUCCUGUGUUCCCGAGAUAUACCUCCGCUGCCCACCGGAUAUGCACCCCGUGAUGCUGAAAUUCACAAUCUGGGGGUCCGUCGUCGAUGCGUCUCAGAUCGCAAUGUCUCUGACAAGGUAUCUGUAUACGAGCGGUCCGCCGGGCGUCCGCGUCAACGCCGCCGUCAGACGCGCAGCAUCUGCAACACACAGAGAAGGGCGAUGGCCAGGCUUUUGUGUGGCCGAGAUCUUCGUCUUCGAGGAAGGUCGUGGGGAAGCAGCAUGA